AACAAAAAAAAGUUUUCUUUUUUUCUUUUUUCUAAAAUCUCAAUUUCUCUUGCUUUUCUCUGCAACCAAACGGAUCGCUACGCUCUUGUUAGUUGUUUAAUCCUUGUUGUUGCUAGAUCUGUUCGCUUGUUUAUUUGCUUUGAGAGUGUUGGGAGUUACAGGUUUAAACAAACUAAGGGGGUUGGUUUUGGGUGAAGAGAAACAGGAAAUGGUUAAAAGGUAUGGAGUGUUUUGAUGUGCAGAAACUAUCAUGUUGCAGUGCAUAGAGGGAUUUAAGCAUGUCUGUGCUUCCCUAUUGCGGUGUUGUGAUCUUGAUUUGUACAAACAGUCAAGAGGCCUUGAAGAUCCUGAAGUUCUAGCAAGAGAGACAGUGUUUAGUGUAAGUGAAAUCGAGGCACUUUAUGAACUCUUUAAGAAGAUCAGCAGUGCUGUGAUUGAUGACGGGUUGAUUAACAAGGAGGAGUUCCAAUUGGCGUUAUUCAAGACAAACAAAAAGGAGAGCUUGUUUGCUGAUCGGGUUUUUGACUUGUUUGAUACAAAGCACAACGGAAUACUAGGUUUUGAAGAGUUUGCUCGUGCUCUGUCUGUUUUCCAUCCAAAUGCCCCUAUUGACGAUAAAAUUGAGUUUUCUUUUCAACUUUACGAUCUCAAGCAACAAGGUUUCAUUGAGAGGCAGGAGGUGAAGCAAAUGGUAGUAGCUACACUUGCUGAAUCUGGUAUGAACCUUUCAGACGAUGUUAUAGAAAGUAUAAUUGACAAGACCUUUGAGGAAGCAGAUACAAAACAUGACGGGAAGAUUGACAAGGAAGAGUGGAGAAGCCUCGUUUUGCGACAUCCUUCCCUUCUGAAGAAUAUGACCCUUCAAUACCUCAAGGACAUCACCACAACGUUCCCAAGUUUUGUGUUCCAUUCGCGAGUUGAGGAUACCUGAACGCCGUCAAGCUCAAAAUUCAUUGUUUAAUUAUGUUUUGUUUCUUUGUAGACAAUAUGGCUCUCGCGUAUGUGAAGGGCCUUAGAGAGAGUUUGUGCAUUGUAUUAGUUGCUUUUUUAUUGAUUUUUGAUUGCGUGUAUUUAUUUUCAAAUACUAGUAUUUUAUUUCCUUUUGGGUA